AGCAACCCAUUAUACUAGAUACUAAGGGCCUUACUACACAGUAAUUUGGGGCAGCUCCUGGAGUUCUUAUCACCUGGAUUGUCCACACAUUAACACCUGAAACAAGUUUUAAGCACUUGUUAUGUGGCUCAAAGUUAUGCCAGGCUAGGGCAGGAUUAUCUCUGAUCCAUAUUACUCAGCUCUUGUUACUAAAAUGUUGCCACUCUAGGCGACACCUUAGUGUAAACACUCUACCUGCACCCUCCUCCCCUGCUGGCCUGGAUCUGGCCCACUGCCCCUUCCCAGCAUCCCAGAUCCCAGCUGGCCAUGCUGUCUGUCCUGGGGAGCAGGCAGGGGAGAGUUAACCUGCCUGCCCAGUCACUGCUGCUGCUGCCCCUUUUGCUCGGUGGCCUGGGCUCAUCCCAGAGAAGAGCAGCAGGAGGUCAAGCAGGUAAGUUAAGCCUUCUCCAGGCAGAGAACUCUGAGAGGCAGGGGUUGGAAAUCAGGGAUGGGGCAAGAGAGAAGCCUGGAAUAGGAAUGGGGUGAUUCUUACCUUUCAAGCUCCAGCUGGCCUGAACAUCUGACUGCUGCAAAUUUGAACUAGCACUAACACUAGGCACAAUUUGUGUGCUUCACAGUGUAAGGUGUAGUAGGUAACCUUCAGUCCUCCAGAUCAUGGUGCAAGUAUAAGAAGUCUAGUCCGGUGCCUGAUGAUGAGUCCUCUUGUAUGGUGUCCUGCAACCACCACACCAAGACCUUCAAUAGCUAGGCAAGGGUAUGGAGGAGUAGAGGCUGUCCAAGAACUACCCUCCCCCUUUAAACUAUUGAGACAAAUUCUAAAGGCCAGACUGAGUACAGACAUUCAGUGCCACGAUGAGAGCAACAGAUAAGAAUUGCUGUUGACUGCCUAAUCCCUUAGCAAGGGCUCAUUUCUGUCAGGGUGAUGUCCUUUAGAUUUUCUCCAACCAAGGAGUACCCCCAAGGCAGUGGGGGCUAGGGUUGUGAGGUACCCUAUACUUAUCUUACUGUGGAGGUUGCAACUUUGGGGUAUUUUAUAGGAGCUACCCUGCCGCAAGUAGCCCCACCAUGUUACCACUAGGCCCUCCAGUUGGAUGCAGUUUACAGUCAUAGCUAGGACCAUGUGUAAGGUGUAACAAGGCCUUAAAUUAAAUACUCUUUGCAAAAAGAAUAGGGGUGAAAUGUAAUGCCUCUUAUAUAGCAGUGUGACACACACACACAAAAUACUAGGUGCUUCUCAGGGCACUAACACAGAUGUGAUUCUGCCAUUUCCCAGGGAAAAGAUUGCAAAUGAUCUCUUUUAGGCCCCUGGCAGGCAUUAAUUUAAUUAUGUGAUGGAUAUAACACAUUUUAUUCUGCAUCCCAAAAAAUGCACAUCUUGCCAUGCAUUGCAGGUUGCAGUGUGUCUGCUGGUAUGGGAGGGCUGAGAACAGGGACCUGGAUCCCUGGCUCCUUAUGAUCUGGGACCUUAAAAGGGCACUGGAGAAAGCAUGGCAUUGGGAACUCAUCCCCAGCCCUGGGCUCCCCAUGCACCUGGAGCUUCAAAGGGGCUGCAGGAAGCACCGUGUCAAUUGCUCAAUAAAUGUAGCAUCUACCAGAGGCCUUUGAAACUUAGUCCUACCAAAUUUAUCCAGAAUCCAUUACUUGCACUUAAUCUAAAGCUAAAACCAUAAAGAUUACUCUGUCUUCUGGGAAUAUGAUUCUUAUUAGUUUAGUUUUAUUUUUACCUGUUGAUUUAACAGCAAGAUAUGAAUAUAGAGCUAGUUAACCUGUACUUAACUCCAGUAGUGUUGCUCUGUCUGUUAGUUUCUAUAUUGUAACGUCUUAAUCCAGUAACAUUCUUUUUCUCUCUCUUCCAGGUAUUUGAAAUACUGAGAGUGGAAAAAACAGAACAAAAAAAUGGACCCCAGUCUUUUGUUAGCUGCUGCUUAUGGUUUCCGCCGUUUCACUCCUAAUUCUUUGUUUGAAAUUGAGAAUAGAAUUGCUGAGAAUAAAGCAAAACAAGCUCAAGCCAAGCAGGAUAAUAGCAGUCAGCAGGUCAAAGAAGAACAAUGUUCUCCCCAGCUGGAUCUGAAAGCUUGCAACAAAUUGCCUACUAUCUAUGGAAAACCUUCACCGGAGCUUGUUGGAGUACCAUUGGAGGAUCUUGAUCCUUACUACAGUGACCACAAGACUUUUAUGGUACUGAAUAGCAAGAAUAUAAUUUUUCGAUUUAGUGCAACACCUGCCUUAUGCAUACUUGGCCCUUUCAAUCCUAUCAGAAGAGCAGCAAUUAAAAUUUUGGUCCAUUCAUAUCCUUUUUACUGGUACAUUUUUACUGGUAUUUACACCGCCGAAAUAUCAAUAAAAAUAUUGGCAAGAGGAUUUGUCUGGAAUGAAUUCACUUUUCUUAGAGAUCCAUGUGAUUGCCUAGACUUCAUUGUUAUCAUUAUGACGUAUAUAAGCCUCAUUGGACCACUUCAGAAUGUUUCAGCUCUUCGGACUUUCAGGGUACUAAGGACUUUUAAAGCAAUUUCAGUACUCCCUGGUCUGAAAGUCAUUGUAAAUGCACUUAUCCAGUCUGUUAGGAAACUUGCCAAUGUGAUGAUCCUCACUGUUUUCUGCUUGAGUGUCUUCGCCCUUGUAGGCCUUCAGCUCUUUACGGGCCACUUGCAACGUAAAUGUGUCCUCAACAAUAUUACAUAUAAUGAAUCACUUUGUAAGGAAGCUAAAGUAUAUGAUCCAAACAGUCCAGGAGAUGUCUGCGCCAGAAUGAAGAAUUCCAAUGACAUAUUACUGUGUAACCCAAAUUCAGAACUUAAAUGUCCAGAGAACUAUUCCUGUGAGGCUCAUAAACCCAAUCCUGAUUUUGGUUACACAAGCUUUGAUAAUUUUGGCUGGGCCUUUCUCUCCAUGUUUCGUUUGAUGACACAGGAUUCCUGGGAGCGUCUCUAUCGUCAAGUUAUCCGAACUACUGGAAAGACAAGCAUGAUCUUUUUUGUGGUGGUCAUUUUUCUAUGUUCAUUUUAUCUCUUCAACUUGAUCUUGGCUGUUGUAACUAUGGCAUAUGAAGAGCAAAACCAAGCCACACAAGCUGAAAUACAAGCAAAGGAGAAAUUGUUUCAGGAAGCUGAGGAACUACUAAAGAAAGAACAGAUGAAGAGUGCUAGAAAAACAGAUACAGCCACAACUAAUUCCUUUAAGGGAAGGACUACAGAGCCUGAAGGCUUUGGAGAUGAUGAAAGGAUUUUUCACUCACAGCCUGCCCACUGCCAAAAAAAGCUUAAGAAAAUAUUGACAUCUUAUGACGUAUCACUGGACGCAGUUAAUGAUGCCUAUCAAAGACAAAGGUUAAUGAGUGCAGCCAGCAUCAUUACUGAUAACAUGACAUUGAAAAGAUCAAUAUGGAAAUGUCCUCCAUCUUGGAAUCGCUUUGCCCAAAAAUAUCUUAUUUGGCAAUGUUGUCCACUAUGGAUACGUAUUAAAGAGAGCGUGAAGCUAAUAGGAAUGGAUCCACUUACUGACCUCUUUUUCACUUUGUGUAUUGUGGUAAAUACUGUAGUGUUGGCACUAGAGCACCCCACUAUGAACCAGAAGUACAAAGACUUGAUUAAUAUAAUCAAUCAUGUCUUCACUGGAAUUUUUACAGCAGAAAUGAUCUUGAAAAUGAUUGCUCUAGACCCCUACUACUAUUUUCAAGAGCACUGGAAUAUUUUUGACAGCUUAAUUGUUGUGUUAGGCCUAAUGAGCAUACCUAAAGAAAUAAACCUGUCAUUUCUCAAAUUGCUGAGAAUCUUCAAAUUGGCAAAAUCCUGGCCGGCCUUAAAUAAGCUUAUGAAAAUAAUUUUGAAGUCAUUUGGUGCCUUGAGUAACCUCACUCUGGUUUUGAUUAUCACCGUGUUUAUUUUUGCUGUAGUAGGAAAACAGGUUUUGGGAAGCUAUUAUGAGAAUAGUACUCGAAUAAGUACAGAUGGGAAGUUACGCUGGCAUAUGAAAGAUCUCUCUCAUUCAUUACUUAUUGUAUUCCGAAUUUUAUGUGGAGAAUGGAUUGAAACCAUGUGGGAAUGUAUGGAAGUGGCUGGGAAAGCACGGUGUCUUCCUGUCUUCCUGACAGUCCUGGUGAUAGGAAAUCUAGUGGUACUCAACUUGUUCAUUGCCCUGCUCCUGAGUUCUUUCAGUAGUAACACCCAGACAACACCAGAAGGGACUGAAAUGAAACUUCAGCUUGCUUUUGAUCGUAUUUACAGUGGUUUGCAGUUCAUGAAACGCAUCAUAUCGGAUCAAAUUGGCAAAAUACUGAGACAAGAGCUGACACUGCAAGCCUGUCAGAAGGCUAAAAUGAAAGCAACUGCCCCAGCCAUGAAGAUGUAUGAGGAUUUUGUGAUGGAUACUAAAACAUCUGUCUGUGUCCCCAUUGCUGAGGAAGACCUGUACAGCAUGGAGUAUGAUGAUUCAUGCAGCAUGUACUCCACAGAAAUGGAGUAUGGAAAAUGGGAACGCCACCUGAGACACAGAGAGCAAAGCAAAAGUUCAGGAACCUUAAGUCAGUUGUCCAGAACUUCUGCAAGCGAGAGCAUGAUAUCCAUGGAUACACUACAGAAGGAAAAUCAACAAAAGAAUCUAGAUGCCAUGAGCUGUUCUGAGGCCAGCACAGUGGAUAUGUAUACUUUUGUGGGGAAUUACCAACUAGCUGAAAAGCCAAGCACACCUGAGGACUGUUUUACAGAAGGCUGUGUCCGAUAUUUUCCAUUCUGUUCAGUGGACAUCACAAAAUACCCAGGUGACACUUGGUGGAGAUUUAGGAAAACCUGCUUCAGAAUUGUUGAACAUAACUGGUUUGAAAAUUUUAUCAUAUUCAUGAUAGUGCUGAGCAGUGGAAGUCUGGCAUUUGAAGACAUUUACCUUGAAAACAGAAAAAAUAUUCAAAACCUGCUGAACUUUGCUGAUAUAAUGUUUACCUACAUCUUUUUCCUGGAGAUGAUUCUGAAAUGGGUAGCUUAUGGCUUCCAAAAGUAUUUCACCAGUGCCUGGUGUUGGCUUGAUUUUGUUAUAGUGUGGAUUUCAUUCAUCUCCUUCGGGCCAAAAAGUACAUCGAUUCUGGAAUAUCUCUGUGCUCAGCAGAGUUCCUUGAAAUCUAUUAGAACACUACGGGCAUUGAGACCCCUACGAGCCUUAUCCAGAUUUGAAGGCAUAAAAGUUGCUGUACAUGCCCUUCUAGGAGCUAUCCCUUCCAUCCUGAACGUUAUGCUCGUCUGUGUUGUCUUCUGGCUCCUAUUUAACCUCAUAGGAGUGAAUGAAUUUGGGGGGAAAUUUUGGAAAUGCACUAAUAUAUCCCCAAAUAUGAAUAUUACUAACAAAAAUGACUGUGUUAAUUUCAAUGUGACUGGUUCCCUAAAGUGGGAAAAUACUUAUGUAAACUUUGAUCACGUUGGGAUGGGUUACCUGGCUCUUCUUCAGGUGGCAACUUUUAAAGGCUGGAUGGACAUUAUGUAUGCAGCAGUGGAUUCACAUGGGACUGAUCUGCAGCCUACAUUUGAAUAUCGUGUAUACAUAUACAUAUAUUUUGUGGUAUUUAUAAUUUUUGGAUCAUUCUUCAUGUUGAACCUUUUCAUCGGAGUUGUUAUCAACAAUUUUAAUGAACAAAGAAAAAAGAUAAGUGGAAAAGAGCUAUUUUUGACACAGGAUCAGAAAAAAUAUUAUAAUGCAUUGAAGAAACUUGGGUCCAAGAAACCACAAAAACCCAUCCCAAGGCCCCUGAACAAAUUCCAAGGUUUUGUUUUUGACAUUGUAUCCCACCAAGCAUUUGAUAUUGCCAUUGCAAUUUUCAUCUGCCUUAACAUGAUUGCCAUGAUGGCGGAAAAUGAGGAUGAAAACACUAAAACCAUUCUUAUGCAAAUCAACUUGGUCUUUAUUCUCAUCUUUACUGGAGAAUUCAUCCUGAAAUUUCUGGGCCUAAGACAUUACUACUUUACUAAUGGUUGGAAUAUAUUUGAUUUAGUUAUUGUGAUCCUUUCAUUAAUCAAUUUGGCACUUUCUGAAGUCUUCAAGACUUUCCUCUCUCCUACGCUUUUGAGAAUUAUUCGCUUGGCACGGAUUGGCCGAAUCCUAAGACUAAUUCGAGCAGCUAAAGGAAUUAGAACUCUCCUUUUUGCAUUAUUGAUGUCCCUUCCUGCUCUGUUCAACAUUGGUCUGUUGUUGUUUUUUGUCAUGUAUAUUUAUGCUAUUCUUGGCAUGAAUAAUUUUGCCUGUGUUGGUUGGAAUGGCGGGAUUGAUGACAUUUUCAACUUCCAAACCUUUGUUGGCAGCAUGCUCUGUCUCUUCCAAAUUACAACAUCAGCUGGCUGGGAUGGGCUUCUGAGCCCUUUGUUAACUAGCACUUCAUGUGCUCCAAAUUUAAAUGUAACAAAUUUAAAACUUAGUUGUGGAGACCCUUCUAUAGGUAUUCUAUUUUUUGUUAGUUAUGUCAUCAUAACAUUUCUCAUUGUUGUAAACAUGUACAUAGCUGUUAUUUUAGAAAACUUCAAUGUUGCUACUGAAGAAAGUGCAGAACCUCUAAGUGAUGAUGACUUUGAUAUAUUUUAUGAAAUCUGGGGAAAAUUUGAUCCUAAAGCAACUCAGUUUAUUAAGUAUUCUGCACUUUCAGACUUUGCAGAUGCUUUGGCAGAACCUUUACGCAUACCAAAACCAAACCAUCUUGAGCUUAUAGCAAUGGACCUUCCCAUGGUCAGUGGAGAGAAGAUCCACUGCUUGGAUAUCUUGUUUGCUUUUACCAAACGAGUGUUAGGAGAAUAUGGAGAUAUGGAUGCUCUGAGAGUACAGAUGGAGGAAAGGUUUAUGGCUGCCAACCCAUCCAAAACUUCUUGCAAACCAAUCACAACUACUCUUAGAAGGAAACAGGAGGAGGUGUCUGCCAUUGUUAUUCAAAGGGCCGUCAGGAGUUAUUUGCUUCAGUGUUCUGUGAAAUAGGCCUCUUAUACUAUCUCAGGAAUUGUGAUAGUUAUAUCUUUGAAGGGGAGGCACCUAAGAAGAAAAUUAAUUGCAUUCAUACUGAAUGAAAAUUAUGGUAGUCAGCUAGAUAAAUCACAAACUGCCUCUUCCAUGUCUUUCCCUUCAACUUACGAUACUAUCACUGAGCCCAUUGAUAACCUUCAGGUAAUGGCAAUUACCACGCUCCAGCAGCCUCCCAUAUCUUGUGCAUCAGCAUCCCCAUGCUUCAAAAUGGCAGUGAGGGUGCUCGAAUUAAAGCUCAUCAAACCAGCUUAUUUCAAGCACCCCUGCCACCAUUUUGAAGUGCAAGGACGUUGAUACAUGAGAUGCUGCAGUGCUUUAAUUAGAGCAGCUCUCAAAGCUUCUGUAAUUAAAGUAGUGCCCCCCCACCCCCAGUGCUGGAGGACAUGCAAAAGUACCCAUGGUGUCUUCAUUCCAAAGAUUGAUUCAAAUCAGCCCUGCUCAGUUGCUGCAAAGCUGUUUAGGCAUGUCCAGUUUGGUCAUAAAAGAUGGCAAGACUUGCGGUUCUGAAAAUGUUCAGAAAUGACCCAGAUCAGAUGCCUGGGUGUCUCAGUCCAUCCUAUGCUCAGUUAUAAAUCAAAUUGGUGGCGGGGAAAUGACUAACUUCCACCUAACUCUCUAAUUCAGAGGUUGGCAAUGUUUCAAAGCCAGGGACUGGAAAAAUCUGGCUCUAGUCCAAGGCAAGCUGGAGUUCUGACUUAAUGGCUACUACUGCACAUUUUCCCAGACACCACUUCUACCCAUUUCCCAGAUGCAGCACAAGUGCAGCUCCCUGUUGCCCAGCUCUGGCAUAGCUCCUUACCACUCUGUUCUGGCAUGGGCAAAGUCCCUGCUGCCAGAACACCAACAAAGUACUGCCUAACCCACCUUUAGGUACCUAAGGGUGAAGUUGCAUGUCACACUUAGACCAUACUAAGGACACUUAAAACAUAAAUGUCUGCAAAUUAAAGCUUCUUGUCUCAUACUAAGUGACUUCUGAUUAUCUCAAAGUUAGGCCAUGUCAAUCAAGGCUAUUAACUGGGCCGUGCUACCUAACUUGUGUUCAGAUAACUUAAGUCUGCACCAGGGUGGUAAAACAAGAAAUUUGCAAUCCUCCAGUAUCCCAAAUGUUAUUUUGUAAUCUGACAGGAAAUGUCAGGGUACACAUUAUCUUGAUAGAAGAUUACUGUUAAGUCAGAAGCAAGGGCUAUGUUUCAGUAGUAGCUCUCUAAUGGAUAAAUAAGCAUGUUAACUCUGAGGCUAUAUUCAUCAAUGUUUCUUUUAAUGUCUCACAACUACAAGAAUGGUCAGGGGAUGUGAGCACUCUUAAUGGGAAAGGCUUACUUAAGAUUCUGACUGAAAGAUUCUGUAUUCAUAUUCUUGUUGAUUUUUGUCUGCUUUAUAAAAAUCUGUCCUACCCCGUAUUUCCAUCAUUCAGUUUACUAUGAUAGAUAAUCAUAUUAUUAGAGAAGUACAUCCACUGAAACAUAGAAAUUUAGCAAAAAUGGCUAACUAUUAGAAUAAGAAAGCUGAAACUACUUUCCAUGUUGCAGGCAGACAGAACAGUACUUGCUGCUUCAGUCAAAAAAUUAACAUAAAUAAGGUCAUUCUUUGUUGCCUUAAUAAAUAUUGUAAAAGUGUAAUAUCUCUGUACACUAAAAAUAAUUAUGUAAUAAAGUUCAGAUAUUGCAGAAGACCCUUCUACAAAAUGCUUUACAAGUAAACUGAAUUUCUUUUAUUUUUACAAGAUUCUACUGAAACAGUGUAUUUACCAAUUAAAUUGUGUUUUAUUCAUAUGCACCUGUAAAGCAGAUUUGAAGUGGGUUGUAAUUAAAUGCAUUAAAA